AUGUUGACCGACGACGAAUACGAUUACUUGUUCAAGUUGGUGCUGAUUGGUGACUCUGGUGUCGGCAAAUCCAACCUCCUUUCGCGAUUUACGACCAACGAGUUUAAUCUGGAAUCGAAGAGCACGAUUGGUGUUGAAUUUGCAACAAAGAAUAUCCAGAUUGAUAACCACACCAUCAAGGCACAAAUCUGGGACACCAGUGGUCAGGAACGCUAUCGUGCCAUUACUGGAGCAUAUUAUCGUGGUGCUGUGGGUGCAUUGGUUGUCUAUGACAUCACCCGCCAACAAUCGUUCCAGAACGUGAUGCAUUGGCUUAAGGAAUUGCGUGACCAUGCAAGCACCGAGAUUGUUAUCAUGUUGAUUGGAAACAAGGUCGAUUUGGCAGAGACUAGCCGUGCAGUGAGCAUUGAUGAAGGUGGUGCGUUGGCGGAACAAGAGGGCUUUUUGUUUAUGGAGACUUCGGCUUUGGACGCAACCAACGUUGACAAGGCAUUUGAAACUGUUUUUGACACCAUUUACGCCAACUUGCCCAAGAAGAACAAAGAAGGUGAUAAUGCUGAAGGCACCAGUGGACCCACAACUGGAGAGCGCAUUCAACUUCGACCACCCAGUGUGCGUAGAUUGUCACGUAGCAGCGCAACGGACGAGAAGCCCAAAGCUCAAUCGGGUGGCUGUUGCUCGUAA